CUUCGCGUCCCCCCCCCCGGUCCCCCCUUCCCCACCCCCUCCCGAGCACGGAGGCCCCCGGCGGCGCCGCAUGGAGUACCCGGCGGCGGGCUGAGCCCUGCCUGCCCGCGGCCCCUCGGGGAGGUCUCAUGGUACCAAGUGACGCCUCCCUCCCGUGAGAUUCGCUCCCCUGAAGCCCUGAGAAGAUGUCGGGGAUGCAGGCCGUUUGGCCAUCCGGUACAGAAUGUAUCGCCAAGUACAACUUUCACGGUACCGCCGAGCAGGAUCUGCCAUUCAGCAAAGGAGACGUCCUCACCAUCGUUGCUGUCACCAAGGACCCCAACUGGUACAAGGCGAAGAACAAGGUGGGCCGGGAGGGCAUCAUCCCUGCUAACUACGUGCAGAAGCGGGAAGGAGUGAAGGCUGGCAUCAAGCUCAGCCUCAUGCCGUGGUUCCAUGGGAAGAUCACACGGGAGCAGGCAGAGCGGCUGCUGUACCCACCUGAGACGGGGCUGUUCCUGGUGCGGGAGAGCACCAACUACCCUGGGGACUACACCCUGUGUGUGAGCUGUGAGGGCAAGGUGGAGCAUUACCGCAUCAUUUACUCCUCCAGCAAGCUGAGCAUCGACGAGGAGGUCUACUUUGAGAACCUGAUGCAGCUUGUGGAGCAUUACACCACGGACGCCGACGGGCUCUGCACGCGCCUCAUCAAGCCCAAGGUGAUGGAGGGGACGGUGGCAGCUCAGGACGAGUUCUCUCGCAGUGGCUGGGCCCUCAACAUGAAGGACCUCAAGCUGCUGCAGAUCAUUGGCAAAGGGGAAUUUGGAGAUGUGAUGCUGGGUGAUUACCGGGGGAACAAAGUUGCCGUCAAGUGCAUUAAAAAUGACGCCACAGCGCAGGCUUUCCUGGCGGAAGCGUCUGUGAUGACGCAGCUCCGACACAGCAACCUGGUGCAGCUACUGGGGGUGAUUGUGGAAGAGAAGAGCGGCCUCUACAUUGUCACGGAGUAUAUGGCCAAGGGCAGCCUAGUAGAUUACCUGCGGUCGCGCGGGAGGUCGGUUCUAGGUGCAGACUGCCUGCUCAAGUUUUCCUUAGAUGUCUGUGAAGCCAUGGAGUACCUGGAAGCCAACAACUUUGUCCAUCGGGACCUGGCGGCGAGGAACGUGUUGGUCUCAGAGGACAACAUUGCCAAGGUCAGCGACUUUGGGCUGACAAAGGAAGCAUCGUCCACUCAGGACACGGGGAAGCUGCCUGUGAAGUGGACAGCACCCGAAGCACUUAGAGAAAAGAAAUUCUCCACCAAAUCAGAUGUGUGGAGCUUCGGGAUCCUCCUCUGGGAAAUCUACUCCUUCGGGCGAGUGCCUUAUCCGAGAAUCCCCCUGAAGGACGUGGUACCCCGGGUGGAGAAGGGCUACAAGAUGGAUGCUCCUGACGGCUGCCCAGCCAUCGUUUACGAGGUGAUGAAGAGUUGCUGGACGCUGGAUCCAGGGCAUCGGCCGUCCUUCUCACAGCUCCGUGAACAGCUAGUGCAUAUCAAAGAGAAGGAGCUCUACCUGUGAGAGGGCUCUGGGGGGUGGGGGGGAGGGGGCACUUCCAGCCCUGGGCAAAGAACAGGAGAUGGGGGGGGGAGGGCAGGGGGGGCUCUCCCAGCCCACUCGCACAGAAGGG